AUGGAAGAUUAUAACGUUAGUAUUUGGCCAACUGUUAGCUUCUAUAGCGGGGCUGUGUCAUUUGUAUUCGGUAUCUUUUGCACCUUCCCGCAACUUGUGGAAACAUACAAUUAUAAGACUGUUGAAGGCCUUUCGCCUCUAUUCGUUUUAUGCUGGACCCUGGGUGACCUCACCACUAUGAUCGGGGCAAUCCUCACGUAUCAGCUACCCUUCCAGGUUUUAUUAGCCUUCUAUUUCCUCACAAACGAUUUUGUUUUAUGUGGACAAUACUACUAUUAUGGGGUGAUUUACAAAAAUACUCUCGCAACUAAAAGACGUGCGUCAAAAUCAGUUGAAUCUUAUCUGGAAGCAAGUUCGUAUACAUAUCAAGCAACUCCUCCUGUUAGCGAACGGCGAGGCCGCUUCAGAUCGUUGUUAUGCAUGCUUCUUAUGGCUGGCCGUAGUCAUGCUCUACCGAUAGUUAUGAAUGUGGUAUCUCCAGACAUGCCCCCACUGCAACCAUUUCCAAAGCCACCUAGCGCCACUGGAGCACUGAUAUCUUGGAUUGGCGGCUUGUUGUACGUGGGUGCGAGAAUUCCGCAGCUACUGAAGAAUUACUGUCGGAAGAGUACCGAUGGUUUAUCGCCUAUCUUAUUUACUUGCACGUUUCUUUCCAAUAUUACCUAUGUGCUGUCGAUAUUCACCUCUUCUGGAUACCUUGAGAACCCAGACCGGGCUAAAUAUGUCAUAAAUGCGCUGCCAUUCCUUGUGGGUUGCCUUGGCACUGUUGUUUUCGACCUAAUGUACUUCUACCAACAUUACUUUCUAUACUAUGAACGCGACUGCGAAGGACAAGUACAGGCGUCAAUCCCUGAUGAAAGCACUCCAUUAACCAUCUAA